UUUGUGAACUCCGCUGUCACUACCUUUUAUAUCACCUCCCCAUUCCUCCUAUCAUGUCUCUCCUCCUCACCUUUCCCGCUCAUGAUGGCUGCACCCACCACCAUCACCACCACGCUUCACACCCCUUCUUCUAAGCUCACCCGCCGCGGUCGCACUAACACUAAUACCAACAAGCCUAUUAACACCGCUGACGGAGAUCGCGAAGUCGUUAAGGAGAAGAAAAUGAUGAGCAUUACGAGUGGUGGUGGGGUUUUAAGAAAAGCUUCGUUCAUGAGCUGGAGUAUGAAGGAUGUGGUCCACGUCGCCAGAUAUCAUAGGAUACCUUGUGUUUUCGCAGUCGGUUUGCUGUUCUUCAUGGCCGUGGAGUACACGCUCCGUAUGAUCCCGGCUUACUCGCAGCCGUUCGAUCUCGGUUUCUUGGCGACUAAGUCAUUGCAUAACUUGCUGACGUCGUGGCCUGAACUUAACACUUUGUUGGCGGCCCUUAAUACGGUGUUUGUGGGGAUGCAAACGACAUAUAUUUUAUGGUGUUGGUUGAUAGAAGGAAGACCAAGGGCCACGAUAUCAGCACUAUUCAUGUUCACUUGCCGUGGCAUUCUUGGUUACUCAACUCAGCUUCCUCUGCCGCAGGGAUUUCUGGGCUCCGGCGUGGACUUUCCGGUAGGGAAUGUAUCAUUUUUCCUAUUUUUCUCAGGGCAUGUAGCCGGAUCAGUGAUUGCAUCAUUAGAUAUGCGACGAAUGCAACGACGGGAACUGGCAUGGAUUUUUGAUAUGCUAAAUGUUCUUCAAGUUAUAAGGUUACUGGGCACAAGGGGCCAUUAUACAAUAGAUUUGGCUGUUGGUGUUGGUGCCGGAAUUUUAUUCGAUUCUCUUGCUGGAAAGUAUGAAGACGCCAAAAGAAAAUCACUAAUUGCAACUAAAGAGGCUUCCCUAAAUUAAACAAAACAAAUGUCAAUAACACUAGGGAGUUAUAAAGAUGGGGGCCAUGGAGAUCAA